GUCGCACAGUGUUUCGAUUGGCUGCCAUUCCUCAGUUUCCAGGACAACUUAGAAAACAUUAUCAAUUACUUUAGUUGAAUGACAGCGGUUACCGAGUGCUACGUGAGUUCUUUUUUAACGUGAUAAACUGUUGACUUAAAUUUUAUUUUCACUAACAAUCGGCGAGGCAAUAGAAGUUGAACAGACUGUACCCGAUUUGUGGGAUAUACAUAUAUAACUAAUUUACCCGGUUAGUUUACUUGCAAACCUAUCUAUCGGUGUCCUUGAAGACAUUAUAGACACAGGUCCCUAACGUUACUUGCGUUACCAGGUUACUGGUAAGCUUCUGUAUUUCGUGAGCAAGUGCGAUAUAAACGUUUCUCACGGUUUGUAGUGCUAUGGAGGCAACAGCAGUCGAAUCCAAACAACUUAAUUCUCUUUCGGAUGAGUCAAAUUCAGUUGCAGAGGGCAACAGCACAGAAGCUAUUACAAAUGAAAAUCCUGAGGAGACAAAUAUGGCUGAUGUGGAGCCAAGUGACAGUGCCGAUGUUCCCAGUGAAGGCUCUGGCACUGUGGAUAACACGGAUAUUGCUGAGGAAGGGGCGGUACCAUUACCCCCAAGUGCAGACGAGACAGGUGGCAGCCGGGUCAGUUCAGGGUCCACCAUUGUACCAAAAGAAGAAACAGAGAUAGAAAAUGCGACAGACGAGCCUGUAGAGGAGGAAACAGCUAUAACAUUAGCUGAUGCCAAGCCACCAUCCAGCCAGAUAAUUGAAGGGGAGGAGGAGCAGGAAUUCAAACCGACAACCAGAGAGCCCAUGCCAGAUACAGGGAAGACUGAACCAGAGGAAGAGGAAGAAGGAAGGAAGGAGGAAUCGUCAGGAGGAGUCCAGCCUGGUGGCUCAGAGAAGGAGAGCGACCUCGCAGAUGAGGGGGCAGAGGAGACUGAAAACAGAGGCCAGUGCAUUGACUAUGAGACCUACAAGAAGGAGCUCGACCAGCUGCAGAGCGAGAGGGAAAGGCUCGUCCACCUCAACGGCCAGCUGCAGAUGAAGCUGGUGGAGUACUUCCGCAAGAAGACCGGGGAGGACGCAAGCCCCAAGACAGAGGAGGCGGAAGCUGACCACGAGCAGCGCUACCUCAAGUACAUGGCCAGCAUGGAGGCGCUGUCAUGGGAGCACAAGCGGAGCUCAGGGCGCCAUCGGUGGCAGAUGGAGGAGCUCCGGAAGGAGAUGGAGGAGAAAGUGGACCAGGCGGACAGCGAGUGGAGGGCCUUCACGGGCCUCAAGAAGGACGCGGCGGUGGCGGCCCUGGGCCAGCGGGUGGGGAGACAGGCCGCGCUGGCCGAGGUGGAGCAGAUCCAGGCCAGCGAGCAGCGCAAGGAGAAUGAGCUGAUCCAGGUGCGGACGGAGAACAUCAAGCUGAGGAACGCGAUGCAGCGGACGGAGGCUCAGCUGGCGGCCAGCGCGGACCUGACGGGCAGCCUGCACCUCAUCGACUUCGAGCAGCUGAAGAUCGAGAACCAGACCUACGAGGAGAAGAUCGAGGAGCGCAACGAGGAGCUGGUGAAGCUCCGGCGCAAGGUGGGGCGGAGCGUGCAGACCCUCACCCACGUCACCGCCAAGCUCCAGCUCCUGCAGGUGGAGAACCAGGCCCAGAAGAAGCAGCGGGCCGAGGUGGACGUGGUGGUAAACGGCAUGCGGGACCUGCUGACCCGGACCAAGCAGGUGCGGGACGGGAUCCGCGCCGACACCCUUCAGCUACGCCAGCGCUGCGGCCUGCUGGGCAACGAGACGCUCCUCAAGGACUUUGAGGAGAAGGUGGGCAGCUCCGAGACCAUGGAGGAGAGACUGGUGGCACUGAAGCGCAGGCACGCAGACCUGAACCUCAAAUGCUCCAAGGUGAAGAAGAAGCUAGAGCAAGCCAAGCAAAUGACUGGGAACCCACUCACCCUCUCAAUGUAAUGCAAGCAGGCAUAGACACAGGAGACUAAGGCACCAUUUUACAAUGAGUGACUAAUGGCAACAUAAAGGUGAUGUGUAUAUAUAAAUAUAUGUAUGUGUGUGUGUGUGUGUAUAAUUACUCUUAUUUUUAUGGUUAGUAUUUGACUUUAUGCACCUGGAUAUGUUAUCCGAGGACAGAAAAGGAAUUCUGUGAUUGUGACCCAUCCUUUCAUGAUGCGUGACAUAGAAACAAGAGUUCUAUCGAUUACCAAUAAUAUUGAUGGUUUUCAGGUGUAUGUUGCUGUGAUUAGCUGGCUAUGCCAAAUUAUGACCUGUUCAUUAAUAUCUCAAAUUUCAAUAAAAAUCUUCAAAAAAAUA